CAUGAUUGACCACCAUCAUGAAACCACACAAGUGAAGAAACUAGAUAUGGCGCCAGCCCUGGCUCCAGACACAGUCACAGAAGCUUUCCCCAUAUCCUGCAUCGCCGGUCGUUACCUCCUCUUCGAUGUGCAGGUCAUCGCGCACUGCCGGCGCGUCCACAAUAUCUGCGGUGUGCUGAUCGGCACCAUCCCAAACCUAUCGCAGCAAAAUGUCUUCCUUGGUGUUCCGCUUGAGCUCAUGCCAGAGGAGGCAAGGGUUCUCGUAGAGAGCGGCGCAGCCUAUGUCGUCGACGAUGUAAAAGUGCAUCGCAAGGGAUUUGGGGAAAUGACGAGGCAAGAUAGAUUGAAGUAUCUGGAGGAGAUGGACCGGAGGGGAGACGAGGUUGCGAGGGAGCACUCGGACAAGGCAGAGAAGAGAAAGGAUAGGGCUCUGAAGGAGAAGGGAUUGAGGGUCAAUAUGGUAGAGAGGCAGCAGGAACUCAGUGUUCCUGAGAGACCGACAACGGAUGAAGCGGCUCAACCAGAUCAUUCCAGCGUCGAGGCGUCAGAUCUCGGAUUCAUUAUGAAGGGGUCCAGCUUCGAGGUUUCUUUUGCACCGAAGUAUCCCGAUAUCCAACAGUCGGCCGCUGAGACCACGCUCUUCGACUCUUCUUCGGUCGCUACACGCAGCAUACACAAAAGUACCCCCGUACAAAAACACUUCAUAACCCCCACGACCUCUCAAGUUGCUCUCCCAACACCAUCGCGCGACUCCUCUCCUCUUCCAGCCGUGCCAAACAGCUACCCUCUCUUUCGGUACCUACACUCGCGCGGCUACUUCCACAUGCCUGGUCUACGCUUCGGAUGCCACUAUAACGUCUAUCCUGGCGACCCACUCCGCUAUCAUAGUCACUUUGCGGCAACAGGCAUGGCCUGGGAUCAAGAAUUUGACCUACUGGACGUUGUUGGAGGAGGUCGUCUGGGUACAGGCACAAAGAAGGCUUAUAUGAUUGGUGGUGAAGAUUCUGAGGCGGGUAAGCAUGGCAAGGGAGUGGGCAUUGACAAGUCCGACUCUCAAAAAUCCGUCAGGGCGUUUUCGAUUGAGUGGGCGGCGCUAUGAACACGCCUGUAUGAUACUAGUGCAUGUCUCGGAUACCCGAAUAAAGUUCGAAUGAACCUAGAAUAUGCUCGCCUCAGUCUCUUCUCCAAACUAUGUGACAUGUUAUAUGCAUCACUACCAAGUAAUUGGGCUCUUAGCGAUGAGGCAAGCUUUGACUAGUACGCUCAUUCUUUUUUUAGCGAUACCUUCUUUCCCGUAUAGCCCUUGUAUUUCAAGUCACAUACUAGACACGCUCAGCAAUGCCAUCCCUUGACAUGUCC